UUCUAGCUUCUCUAGGCAACCUGUUCAGUGUUUCAUCACCCUCACAGUACAAAGUUUCUUCCUAAUGUCUAAUCUAAAGCUAUUUUCCUUAAAGCCAUUUCCCCUUCACCUAUCACUGUAUGCCCUUGAACACAGUUCCUCUCUAGCUCUCUUGUAAGGCCCCCUUUAAGUUCUGGAAGGUGUUCUAGGUCUCCCUGGAGCCAUCUCUUCCCCAGCCUGAACACCCCCAACUCCCCCAUCCUGGUACUCCACUCCUCUGAUCAUCUCCAUGGCUCUCCGCUGGACUCCUUCUGACAGGUCCACGUCCUUAUUUUUUGGGGGCUCCCGAGCUGGAUGCAGGACUCCAGGUGGGGUCUCAGGAGAACAGAGUGGAAGGGGAGAAUCCCCCCCAUUGACCUGCAGGCCACAUUGCUUUGGGUGCAGCCCAUGGUUUGGUUGUCUUUCUGGGCUGCAGCUGCACAUUGCUGGGUCAUGUUGAGCUUCUCGUUCACCAGCACCCCCAAGUCCUUCUCCUCAGGGCUGCUCUCAAUCCGUUCUUGGCCCAGCCUGUAUUUUUACCUGGGAUUGCUUUGACCCAGGUGCAGAACUCUGCAUCUUGCCCUGUUCAACUUCAUGUUCAGGCUCUCAAACCUGUCUAGGUGCCACUGGCUGGCAUCCCUUCCCUCUGGUGUGUUGAUUGCACCACACAGCUUGGUGUCAUCAGUGAACUUGCUGAGGAUGUGCUUUUUGCCACUGUCCUUGUCGCUGACAAAGGUGUUAAACGGUGCCUAUCCCAGAACUGACAACUGCUCUCCACUUGGAUAAGGAGCCAUUCACUACAACUCCUUGAGUGUGAUCACCUUUAAGAAAGCAUCCUGUGGCUUGUCUGUUCCUCUCUUGUGAAUUCCCUUAGAAAUUUGUUUGUGAAUUUCACCACAUUUGACCGAGGAAGGAAUGGUCUAAAAGGUCAAGUGGUCUAAAUGGUCAAAGUUUCUCUGAGAUUUGUGAAAAUAUUUUUAGAGCCCAUGCUGAAGGAAUGGCUCUAUGUGGGUGUUAUCACUUCUCACAUGAGUGAAAUUCAGAAGGGAGAGCAAUGCUAAGUUAGUUUUUGGGUUUGAAAACAUAUUUGUCAAUUCAGUCCAAAGGCCUUUUCUGCAAAAAGAGUUUGAUAGCUUACUCAUACUUGUGUCAUUCAAGUGAUACAUUCUUGGGCUGUUUUUCUCCAGUAGGGGUGCAUUUACUAGGGCAUCUGUUGAAUGCAGGAAUACUGCCAGUGGAAGGAAACAACGGUGUGUUUCGACUGGCAGGAGCAGCACGAGGGGGCCUGAGAUUCUUGGAGUACUGCUUUGCUAUUAAAUCAGCUGUGGUUUUUGGAGUGUUAACAGCUUGAGUAAAGCCUUGCUAUAGAAUUAGAGACAAAGCAGUGGUGAUUUUACAUUUGCCAUGUGUUGGUGGGUGCAACUCAAAAGAUGAUUGCAGGACUGCUUCAGUUCCUUCAUCAUGCAGCACAUGUCACAACCAGACACGGUGAGAAAUUGCUAGUCCAGGGCUGACUCUUCAGUUUUGACCGAGUCCUUGGGCGUGAAGACUCAUGGACAUUGCUGAGAUUGACACUUGAACCUUGGAGAGAAGAGCCUUUCUGGUGGUCCUGCUCCGCUCCACCUGACCCUAUGAAAGGAGGGUUCACCAUAGCUCUGUCGUUUGCGCUCCAGUUCCACAAGAUGGGCUCGUUCAGGAGGCCUCGACCUCGCUUCAUGAGCUCCCCUGUCCUCAGUGAUCUGCCUCGGUUCCAGGCAGCCCGGCAGGCCAUGCAGCUCAGCUCCAACUCUGCCUGGAACAGCGUACAAACAGCAGUGAUAAAUGUGUUCAAAGGGGGAGGCUUGCAGAACAAUGAACUUUACACCCUCAAUGAAAACAUCAGACGGCUGCUGAAGAGUGAACUUGGAUCCUUCAUCACAGAUUACUUUCAGAACCAGCUCCUUGCGAAAGGCUUGCUGUUUAUGGAGGAGAAGGUCAAGCUGUGUGAAGGUGAGGAUCGCAUUGAUGUCCUGUCUGAAAUCUGGGAUCACUAUUUUACAGAGACUCUUCCUACACUCCAGGCAAUAUUCUACCCAGUCCAGGGUCAGGAGUUGACUAUCCGUCAGAUUGCUCUUCUUGGCUUCAGAGACUUGGUCUUGCUCAAAGUAAAGUUGGAAGAAAUCCUUCCCCUGGUCCAGACGAAGGUUCCAGCUUCCAUUGUCCAGAUGCUGUUAAUUCUGCAGAGUGUCCAUGAGCCUACUGGCCCCACUGAGGGCUAUCUACAGCUGGAAGAACUGGUCAAGCAGGUGGUAUCACCAUUCUUAGGUUUGUGUGAGGAUCACAGCUCCUCUGGUAGCACCUGCUUGCUUGAGAGACGGUACUCCAGAUCCUGCCCGAAGGCGCUGACCCCGCUGACGGAGCAGGAGGGCGAGGCUUACCUGGAGAAAUGCGGGAGCAUCCGUCGGCACACGGUGGCCAACGCUCACUCGGACAUCCAGCUCCUGGCCAUGGCCUCCAUGAUGCACACGGGAAUGGUGGUGGAGGAACCGGACACUGCAGACAAAUGCCUGCUGCUGCAGCCCAGCUGCUUCGGCCACAGGCAGUGCUCCAGCGAGCCCAGCAUCGCCGACGGCCCCGAGGGAGCUGUGGCUGCAGCCAGUAGGCAGGACCCUGCCGAGCUGAACUGCACCUCUGUCAGCUAGGAGGAGGCUGGCUGAGGAGUGGAGAACUGCACGCACUAAGCUGGACAAAGUGGUCUGUCAUCCCUGCUGGGAAAAAAAGAGAAAAAUGGGAAUUUUGCUCAUGUCAUUGAAAUGGGCUUGAGGGUUUGUGUGGCUGAGAAUGUACCUAGAUAGGUUCUUUUACCAGUCUGGGAUCAUUGUUGGUACCAGGCUGCUCCCAAAUGACCACUGAGGGCUGCAACUUUUUGCUGUUGAACAGCACAGUCUACCUUCUGUAAGCUUUCUCCCUCUACUAGUAUAAACUUUUUGGUGUCAGGUUUCCUUCUUUUUCUUUGGUAUGAUACAAAUGGAGUUCUUUCUGCUUUUCUCCAUCUUUCCCAAUUGUGCUGCUUCUUUGUUCUUUGUCCCUGCAGUGGAGGCCUCUCUGCUCAGUGUUCUCUUUGCUUCUAGUGCUUCAUGAUGAAUGGUGAGCACUUCAUUUCUAUUUUAAAGCUGAACUCAGGGAUGAAGCCGUUUGCAUCCUGCAGAAAGAUCUGCUGAGGUAGCUUGUGAGAGGAGAAGAUCCUUCAUUUUGUUUCCCAUGGGCAUGGGUGAAAAGUCCAAAUCAGAAUUGAUCAGACUUACUUUUCCCCCAGGCCCAAAGAGAACUGAGUAUAUGUGGAGUCUGAGCUGGGUACUUCAUAUGUACUUUAUUUGGUUCCAGUCACAUCUUGGGAGUUCUGUUAUAAAUUGGGUGCAGAGGAUGGCUGGGGUGUGUAAAUUGGGUGCAAAAUAUACUGAGCGUCCUGGCAUUUGGCAUCCAUUUGGUCUCAAAAUUGCAGUGGUGAUAGGGCUAUGAUGAAAGAGAAAAUCAAAUGGGUAGAAGAUGUAAAGGUGCUUCUCAGCACUGGGCCAUCAUGACUCCAGAUCAGGAGGUGAUGAUCAGUAUUUCAUCCUGGGCCUACCCUGGUACUUUUAGCACUUGUGGAUUUCAUGAGACCGAGGAUAGUCAGCGAGGUUUGGAAAGGAGUCCUGGCUCAGUGUAUUUAUGAAGUGCUCCUGACCUCCAGUGGUAUCUGAUUCAGUGCAGUAUUGCUUUAAAGAUAAAGUGAAGGCUCUUUGCAGUCUUUGGUUUUGUUUUUAUUGUGAAGAUUAGAAGUGGGUCCAGUUUGCAGGUGUCUGUGUGAGGCACUGCAGCCUGCAGUGUCCGCUUUGUAGCAUCACUUGGUACUCCAGUGCUGCUUCUGUGGGGACAGAGCCAAUCUGUUUGAGCUGUCCCUGGGAUACUCUGCUGUUGUCUUGCUAAGCUGAUUUGCAAGUGUUAUUAUAGGCUUAGAGGUGAACUGCAGUGCUGCCUUAAAUGUCAAAUCCCAUUAUGAGUAUGGACACAACACGACUACCACUUGAAUCUACUCCAAGUGGUACUUGGUAAAUAAGUGUGUCUUGACAAGAAAACAGAAGGUUAGGAUGUGCCUUUGGGAUGUUUUUUUGUAUGCUGUGACAUUAAGUGCAGGAUUUUCCCUGCUUCUGUUAGGCAUUAAACAUCUUCUGCUCCACUGGCUGCACUGGAGCACAGCUCUGACCUGCCAGGAUUUGGCAUUAGUAGCACAUGCAGUAAAAGGACAGCUGGUUAUUAUAUGGCAACAAAGCAUCAGAAGUACCAGCUACGAGCACAAGCCAUGCUGCCUUGAUAAAUGAGGGUGUUGCUUUGUCUGCUGUGCUUUGCAAUGUUGAGACAGAUACUUGGAAGAGUCUCCUUUUCCCUUCUGUCACCAGAGCUCUUGGCCUUUGGGGAAAGGCUGAGGGUUUGGAUCAACAGCUGUGCUUUCCAUGUCAGGAGAAGGGGUUCAGUGGUGCUGGCUGCAUCCUCCCCUUCAGAGCACCCACAGUCCAGCAGAGGCCAGGAAGAUGUGCCUUUAAGCAGCAUUCCCUUCAGGUUGAUUAUAGGAUAAAUUGCUCUCCUGUUCAUAAAUUGGACUCACCAGGUCAACUUACUGCCAUCUGCCCCAGGGCAGCCGUGGAUUGUAGUGGAGCUUCGGAAUCUCUGCAGUGGCAGCCACGCCAUGCUGCUCUCACCUUGGUACAGUCCCUCCACCGUGGGGCAGAUGAUGAUGUCCUGCUCACAGUUAAUUUCUUCAGGCCUUGCUGUGACUUAGUCUUCUCUUAGUCACACUGAGGUGUGUGGGAAAGUGGUCACCCUGCAGCAUUUCAGUUCACUCUUAUGAAUGCUUUUCUUCCUUCUGUUUCUCCUGUAACCCAUUUGCCUUCUGUAAAUACCCAAACCAUUUCGAUUAGAGAGCAGCACCCUCUUUUGUGGCGAAAACUAGAACAAUGUAUUUAUUUCCUGACAUAUUCUUGGAUCAUCUCUAGGGCUAAUAGGAAUUAGUCCUGGUUUUAACUUGAAUUCCUUUUGUUUUACACAUAUGUAUGAUUUUAAUUAUUUUGGUUUUGUAUCUGUUACUUUGCAAAAAUUUGCACCAAGCCCUCUGAAUCAUGCACUUGCCCCAUUGUUUUGUUUUUACGGAGAAUUAAAGCUGGUGGCUUUACUUUGUGAACUGAAGUAAACACAGCCUGUUCUGUAAACCA